AUGCGAACCUACGUGCUCAUCGGAGCGCUCGCUCCCCUGGCAAGCUUGUUGAGUGGCUUUCCCAUACGCCUCACACUGGCCAACCUGCCAGCUAGACUACCCGGUCAUGUCACUACCCCUGUGGAUGGCUCUCGCAGUGGCAAUGUCAGGGCACGCUGGCCACCGUACAUCCCUCAUAACUCCACGAUCCCUACCAUACUAGCCGACGACCCGAAGAUAAAUGGCGAACGUGUAUUCCAGGGGAACGGGAGUCGGGAAACCAUCCAACACGAGCACCACAAGGUUGCUGGCGACACCCGUUGCGGCAUUCUAGUGAAGGAUUCUGCCGAACUCACAAUUCUUCACUCGAUUAUCGACAGGCCAACCUACGACGGAAAUAAUCAUCUUCCAGGAACAUCAUCGAAUGCUGCUUUCUGUGUGACGAAUCACUCCAGUCUUUACAUCAACUAUGGCUCGGUCACAUCUUCCGGCAACCUGUCGACCGGGGUCUGGGUGUUCGGUGACAAUGCUGAGGCACGUCUUACCAGCCUGGCGGUUGUGAACUCGGGGUCAUCUCCAACUUACGGCCUCAUGGCCUCGCACAACGGUCACAUCUACGCGAACAACAUACAGUACAGCGCAGAUAAUGCAGGGGCAUGCGGAUUCGUUUCGGAUGGCGGGAUCCUAAAUAUUGGCCAGUCUAAAGCGCACACGAAGUCGGUCGGCAGCUCAGUGUUUUGCUCCGUCGACAGCAAGCACGAGGCGGAGAUAUACGCUGAAGGGGUUGUCGCAACGUCGGACUCGAGCGCCGCGGUCUAG